AUGUGAUUGGUCCAGGGGGCGUGUCCUGCCUGCAGAUCUGUACAGAUGUUGAGUUGGCAGUUUGGCUGCAUAUAGUUGUGUGCGGGAGGCGGGGUUUCCAGACUGCGACUUAGGUGCACAAAAAAGAAUUAUUUUGAAAAUGAGUUGCCGUAAAGUGAACAUAGUAAUCAUUUUGCUGGCGGCAGUGGUGUUCCUACUGAUCUUACACCACAAUCUGCUGGGUCUGAGCGACAUACUCAUGCGGCAAAGUUCAGAUUCUGGUCCUGUGGGAUUUCAGCGUAUUGAUUUCUUACCAGAAGCUCCUGAAAGUGUAUCUGAAGAAAGGAGUGCCGUGGACAUUCCUGUGUUCAUCACCGCUGUAGAAAGUAGACUUGGAGGAGUCAUCGCUACAAUAAAUAGUGUUUUCAGUAAUACAAAGUCAACAGUCGCAUUCUACAUUGUUACAAUGAAUGAUACCAAGGAGCAUUUAAGGACAUGGCUUGGUGACCCUAAACUUAAAAAUGUCAAAUAUAACAUUUUAGAAUUCGAUCCCAAGGUGCUUGAUGGGAAAGUUCGAGCCGAGGCUAGUGAUAAACCUCUAACAUUUGCUAGAUAUUACCUCCCUGAUUUGCUCCCUGGAGUAGAGAAGAUAAUAUAUCUUGAUGAUGAUACCAUUGUACAAGGUGAUAUUCUAGAACUUUACAAGACCCCAAUUAAACUUGGACAUGCAGCUGCAUUUUCAGAGGAUUGUGAUUCUGUUACAUCAAAAUAUCUUGUUAGAGGCGCUGGUAAUCAGUUCAAUUACAUUGGAUAUUUUGAUUACAAAAAAGAGAGCAUCCGUAAACUGGCAAUGAAAGCCAAUACUUGCUCAUUUAAUCCAGGUGUCUUUGUAGCCAAUCUAACAGAGUGGAAGAGACAGAAUAUUACCAAGCAGCUUGAAAAAUGGAUGCUAUUAGAUAUGACUGAAGAAUUAUACAGCAAGACCCUGGCUGGUAGCAUCACUGCACCCCCACUCCUUAUUGUCUUCUACAAGAUGCACUCCAGCAUUGAUCCUAUGUGGCACGUCAGGCACUUGGGUUCAAAUACCGGGAAACGUUAUUCUCUUCAGUUUGUGAAUGCUGCCAGGCUUCUUCACUGGAAUGGACAUUUUAAACCAUGGGGAAGAGCAUCCUCCUACGCGGAGGUCUGGGAGAAUUGGUAUGUGCCGGACCCCACUGGCAAGUUUCAGCUCAUCAGGAGACACACAGAUGCUGAUGAAAGCAAGUGAGAGAAGACGGCCAUCCAGAAGUCACAUGAACUCUUGUUACUGGACUUAUUAUUGAGCAUUGAAAAGCAGUAUUUUCUCAGGAAACCAAAAACGAAAGCCAUUUUCACUUUUUUUUUCCCCCUUUUAAAUUGAGAUACACUACAAACUAUAUUCCAUGUUACGUAUAUCAGUAUUUGUUCUGAAUAUGCUAUGAAUCUAUUUAUCUGAACAAUUAGUAUUUCAGCAUCUGGUCAUAUUGUUGAUCAAACACUCCAGAAUAAUUCCGUCCAGUACAGGUUUCACGGCUUGCCUAAAGGACACGGGUGUUAUUGUAAUCUGUUACUGCUACGCCAGUGAGCUCAUUAGCGUGUUAUAAUAAUGUGUUCCAAGGCUGUGACAUUAUGAUGGUUCCAGGGAGGAAAUUCAUAUUUUAGCCACUAAAGAGAGAAACCGAACAUAAGGCCUCUUGCACACGAUACUCCUGUUUAAGCAUCUACUUUAUAUUUUUUUUAAUGUAUUUCGGUGUCUAUGGUGGCUGCGCAAUUUUUGUGCAAGCUUGCUCUCGCAUUGACCAUGUCAAUGGGCAAAUCUGUGCGAAUUUGCACGCAAACGUGCGCAAAUGCACGCAUGAGGCGUAAAUUACUGACCAAAAAAAUCAGAAUCUAUUUUUUUUUUUCUAUUAUUAUUUUUUUUUUUUUCUUCAGAAUACACAGCGCUUGUUUACACGACUGUGUGCAUAGGCACAUUACAAUUCAUGGGCUGUAUUUUAGCUCAGUAAAUAAGCUGUACUGAGCAUUUUCAAGCUGCAGUGUGCAAGAGGCCUAACACUGCCAGUAGCCCAAUCGGCAUUUCUAGGAUUUAUAACAUGGAAUAUGGUGAUAGGGCAGGACAUACUUUCUUGUAAUAUAGGAUUCUGAUUGGAGUACUUUAAGAUGGUCAAAGCUAUAUUUUGUAGAGUCACUGUAUGUUUGUGCAAAUGUAAUCUUAUGCAGUCAUUUCACUUCAUAAGUGUGAGCGAAGCUUUCUUCAAAUUGUUGGUCAGGUGCUCUGUACUGGGUGUCCUGGUUGGAUAAAAAUUCACUAUCUGUGAA